UUCUGUCAACAUUUGCCACCACAGAUUCGUCAUCUUGGUCGAAGAGGUGAGGCUCAGACAUCAGGCUGCAGAUUAAACUCGGGAACCUGGCCGAGCCCUUCCCUUCUUCCCCUUGAACUCGCCUCCUUGGCUUGAGUUUCCCCCACCCGUUCCUCUCGAUCCCGAAUACCCAUGCAUUCCCGACAGUAAACAUGGACUCGGAAGACGGGGAGUUGUUCAUAAAGCAACUGGCGAGCUUUGUGCGGACGCACGAAAAGGCUCUCGCCAACGCGUUGCAAUUCAAGAGGCAGAACGCGGUUAGGCAUGGAGCAUCCCAAAGCGUCUCGUCGGUCUCGGUGCCCCUGUCGACGUCGUCACCCACCCUUCCUGAGCGACCGUCCACCUCGUCCUCUUCGUCCAGCACGCUGGCAGCAGCCCUCUCCCUGGGUUCCCUCAGCUUUACAUCUCACAGCGUGAAGUCGGCAAAGUUGGCCUUGACUCCUCACCAUCUCUUCUACCUCCUCUCCCGGUUUGAGGAACUAGGUAUUCCUGUCGGGCCGAUGAAAGUUCGCCUCGAGAACCUCCACGAUAGCACGACCUCGGCGAAUUAUGUCUCCUUCCUCAGCCAGUCGCAACGAUCAAAGAGCCGCGGUUCCGACGUUGGCUCCAUACGCUCCGUCUCCAGUAUUCGAAGUGUCAUGUCCGGAAUGUCAGCCUUGUGGGCUAGCUUUGGGCUCGGCUCGAGCAUCUCGGCAGCCCGUACGGAGCGACAGAAGGCUGCGCUCCAGGCUGACCUAAAAUACCUUUACUCUGCCUUCACCAAGAUCCCAUGUCUCAGGCUCUCCCCAGACUGGCGUGCCAGGCUGAUCCGCGGAUACGAGGAGUUUCCCUUCGAUUCCGCCGUCCCCCUCCAUGUCUUCAAGAACGUCCAAGCGCUCGAAGUGAGCGAUAUUGACUUUCGUCAGUUCUUCGGGUGGGACCGGAUGGCAGACCAGCUCCGGUCGCUGACCCUGAGGCGUGCGAGCAUAGACGAUCCUGCCGACAUCCUGAUUGAUAUUGUCCUGGACGAUAUGGACAAAAGACGAAGGCGAACUUCCAAGUCGCAGACGUCGCCGACGACACAAUGGGCAAGCUCGUCGAGUCCUAAGAGGAGCCCGACUAUUGGCCAUGCUGAAUUGCAGAAGUCAACCUCAGCCCCCGGAUCUCCAAGCGCCCACAAUUCCGCCAAUGACUUGGCAGUCGGUUCGCUCAGUAGCGAGGCGGCCGGUGGCUCUGAUGGACUUGCGAGAACUAACAGCGACGAUCCCGCUUCGCCGACGAAGGAGACGCGGCCCAGGAGCCACUCACCACGCCGCCCGUCAAGUUCCAGGAAUAGCACUAAUGUCCGUGGUUCCAUCAAGGUUAAACGCUCCGGAUCGGGGAGUUCGCAUUCUAGCCUGUCCGACUCAUGGCAUAACCUCCGAGGUAGUUCCUCAAACCUCAUUGCCAUGGGGAUCCUCCCAGCCUCUAAAUGGCGGUUCCUGAAACAUCUCAGCCUCACGGACAACUCGCUCACGUCCAUUCCCGCAAACAGCUUGGCUCCUCUCGCCAACACACUCCAUUCCUUGGACCUCUCGAGUAAUCUCUUCACUGAGAUACCUGACAGCUUGGCUACCCUUACCGCUCUGCGGGCUCUCAACCUUUCUCAUUGCAUGAUCGAUUCCCUCCACUCCCUGACGCGCAAUCCCCUGCCCGCCAUCACGGCCCUCAACUUGCGAGCCAACCGGCUGCAGUCGAUCCCGGGCAUCGAGAGGUUAUACCCUUUGGAGAGGUUGGAUUUAAGAGAUAACCGUCUCACGGAUCCCAUGGAGCUGGCCCGCCUUACCGGAAUUCCGGAGAUACGGGAGAUAUGGGUUGAAGGGAACCCCUUCACUCGGACCCAUCGUGACUACCGCAUCACCAUCUUCAACCUGUUCCGCAAAACCCCAGGCUAUACUGAGGACAUCACAAUCGAUGCCUCCGGCCCAACCUAUUCAGAGAAGAGGUACCUCGUGGAACGAGCUGCGGAACCCGCUGCCGUUCCUGUGGUCAAACCUCUUGUUCCCGAGGUGCCCGCGGUGGAUGUGAGCAAGCCCGCUAUCAUCUACGACGCGCCGAAAGAGCCGGCAGUCCUCCGGAAGGAGAGACCUAUGCCCAAGACGGCCUCCAGCGAGGUCAAUACAAGCUCCACACGACGUCGACGGGCGCCGAAACGCAGGAUCGUCGAUCUUGCGACGAGCGACACGCCCGUUCCACAUGCUCGCCCAGUAGAUCGCCUGGUAGCUGGACCUCCACCGUCGAUUGACAGCCAGGAGGACAAUUAUCGCAUUUCAGCUCAGCCGGAGGUUGACACCGCGACUUCCUUGGCUGAAGAACCCUUGCCGGAUAAGCAGGACUCACCCAAGGUCUCGCGGGUUAGCACCGGUGCCGCACCUCAGUUAUCUCCGGCGUAUUCGCCUCAAGAGACACAGACUGGGUGGAAAGACACGCAGAAUUGGGACGUCGGAGGUGAGCUCUACCGCCGCAAGAUCGAGGCGCUCCGUGACACGGUCGGACCUAGCUACCUCAGCGUCCUUAGCGAAGAAGGAUGGGAGCAACCUCGCCCUCCAAACUAUCACGAGUCGGACUUUAGCACCACGUCACCUCUGCACUCGAACUCGACUACCCCCCGUGCUGCUAGCGUUCAGGCCAUCCACAGCGGCCGCACGCUCGGCUAAACCACCAAGAGAUACCCCGCAACAUAGAGCUAUAGACUUCUACCUGUUGGCGAAGUUUGUUCUACCGUUUUUUGAAUACCCCAGUUUUUCAUGCCCCCUGGUGUGUUACUCUUCGUUCCUCUCAGCAUUUCCACGUUUCCACGGAGCAUAGCGUAUUGGCGUUAUAU